AUGGGAGCAGCGGCUUACCACUCUCGCCCUGAGAGGAUUACACCAACGAGUUUAUUUACCGGGAGGAAAAUCGGUUAUCCACCAGGGAGUAUAAAUCCGCCGCCAUGGGGUCUCCCCGGGUGCCCAUCGUCCCGGAUCUAUGUCCUUGGAAAAGCUAUAGCUGAGAUAUACGGCCCUCUAUUGCAAAACCGCGAUUUACGCAAAUGGCUCCCGUUCCGUCGAAACCUUCCGAAAUUCAUGAAGUCUCCCUUCACCCAGUUGGCUACCGUCCAGUCCGCUGCAUCUUACAACAGUAGGACAAGAUCAAGUCGGCUAAGGGAAGCGAAAAAGAGCGGUAAAUCCCUGUGGUAUUUAUACCAAGGGCGGAAUUGGAUUGUCUGGCAAGGAAUGGAGGUAGAAGGAGAUAAUGCUGGAAGAGGAAUGGAGAAGACUUUGGAAAAGGGAUGGUAGGAAUGGCACAAUUGCCUCCUUCCAUAUAUUCUUAGCCGCCGCAAUGGAACGAAGGCAAAGUGAGAGUAGAUAUAUCGCUCUACUUACCUUCUUUCACGGCCAGCUUUAUUUUUAUUGCAGGCAUUUUAAUUUCCCUCUUCUCAAAUACUUUUAAGUUCCUGCAUGUUAAGUUGUCGAACAAAUUUCGGAUAGAGUAAAUCGUUACCAAUCGUGGUAUAAUUUUUGAAGUGGAAAAUUUUUAGGCGCGCUUAGCAUUUUUUUUUGUGGUUAGUGAAUGAGAUUGAGCCAUCAUGCUCAGCUAUACAAAGCUCGUUCGGAUUAAGUCGGCUAGAAGUCGACUUAAUUGCAAUGAAAACUUCUAUUUUUUGAAGCUG